CCCACGCACCCUCUUUCCCCGGCCACCACACCGUGAGUGUAUCACUCACCGUUCUUCAAUACCUUUAAAAAAAAAAAGAAAAAAAUCUAUAAAAAGCACAAAAUACCGAAAACCUCAAAAAGAACCGCUAUUAAACAAAAAAUAUUUUACAAAACGGCAAACUUUUUUGUUUUUGAAACGGGCUAGCCAGACGGUUUCUGACGCCAAAGCCACCUUCAAGACGCGACUGGACGCCACAUGCUUUAGCUGUCAUUUAUGCCUACACCAUUUAUUUGGAGUAGCGUAAAAGUUUUCAUAGAAGAUUAAGAGACACGAUUUGGCACGCAAAUUGCAGGACACCCUUUACGCAUAGACGGUCUAUUCAGCACUAGGUAUUUCCCAGACAAACCCUCAGCUCGAAGGCUUGGACCCGAGACAUGAACGCAGCGACCGCGGGGAGUUAUCCGAUGGCAUCUCUUUACGUAGGCGACCUGCACCCUGAUAUCACGGAGGCUAUGCUGUAUGAGAAAUUCAGUCCGGCCGGCCCGGUGCUGUCAAUCCGCGUGUGUCGGGAUAUGAUCACCCGGCGCUCGCUGGGCUAUGCCUACGUCAACUUCCAGCAGCCCCCGGACGCGGAAAGGGCUUUGGACACAAUGAACUUUGAUGUGGUCAAAGGAAAACCAAUCAGAAUCAUGUGGUCACAGAGAGAUCCAUCACUCAGGAAAUCCGGGGUCGGAAACGUCUUCAUUAAGAAUUUGGACAAGUCAAUCGACAACAAGGCCCUGUAUGACACCUUCUCUGCCUUUGGAAACAUCCUGUCCUGCAAGGUGGUGUGCGAUGAGAACGGGUCUAAGGGCUACGCCUUUGUGCAUUUUGAAACUCAGGACGCUGCCGACCGUGCCAUUGAGAAGAUGAACGGCAUGCUGCUGAACGACCGCAAGGUUUUUGUGGGGCGUUUCAAGUCCAGGAAGGAGAGGGAAGCAGAGAUGGGAGCCAAAGCCAAAGAGUUCACCAAUGUUUACAUCAAGAACUUUGGAGACGACAUGGAUGAUCAGAGACUAAAGGAGCUCUUUGAUAAAUACGGAAAAACAUUGAGUGUGAAGGUCAUGACAGACUCCACAGGGAAAUCUCGUGGAUUUGGCUUUGUGAGCUACGAGAAGCACGAAGACGCUAACCAGGCUGUGGAAGAAAUGAAUGGCGUGGAGCUGAACGGUAAAAUGGUGUUCGUUGGCCGAGCUCAGAAAAAGAUGGAGAGACAAUCGGAGCUCAAGAGGAGGUUUGAACAGCUCAAACAGGAAAGAAUCAGCAGAUACCAGGGUGUAAAUCUGUAUAUAAAGAAUCUCGAUGACACCAUUGAUGAUGAAAAACUUCGCAAAGAGUUCUCGCCUUUCGGCUCCAUUACCAGUGCCAAGGUGAUGCUGGAGGAUGGCAGAUCCAAAGGUUUUGGCUUUGUGUGUUUCUCCUCGCCUGAGGAGGCCACCAAGGCGGUGACAGAGAUGAACGGGCGUAUUGUAGGCUCCAAACCGCUGUAUGUGGCCCUGGCACAACGUAAAGAGGAACGGAAAGCUCAUCUCACCAACCAGUACAUGCAGCGUAUCGCUGGUAUGAGGGCCAUGCCUGCCAACGCCAUCAUCAACCAGUUCCAGCCUGCCAGCGGGUACUUUAUGCCAGCUGUGCCCCAGGCCCAGAACAGAACCACAUAUUAUGCACCCAAUCAGCUCACCCAGAUGCGUCCGAACCCUCGUUGGCAACAGCAGGGGGGCAGAGGUCAGGGCGGGUACCAGGGCAUGCCCAACUCCUUGCGCCAGCCAGGCCCCCGUGCCAACAUACGGCACAUGGCACCCAAUGCCUCCCCCCAAGGUCCACGUGGAAUCCCAACAGGUGCACAUAGAGUGGGUGGUACUGGCCAACCAAUGGGUCCCCGCCCGGCAAUGGGGGUGACAGUCCCACGUGCCAUGCCCCCAUACAAGUAUGCCAACCCCAUAAGAAACACUCAGCCUCAGGUAGUGCAGCCAAUUACCCUGCAACAGGCUCAGCCUGCUGUCCAUGUGCAAGGUCAGGAACCCCUCACUGCUUCUAUGUUAGCAGCUGCUCCCCCUCAGGAACAGAAACAGAUGCUCGGUGAGCGGCUGUUUCCUCUCAUCCAGGCAAUGCAUCCAAGUCUAGCCGGGAAGAUCACAGGAAUGCUGCUUGAGAUUGACAACUCCGAGCUGUUGCAUAUGCUGGAAUCCCAUGAGUCUCUUCGCUCCAAGGUGGAGGAAGCUGUCGCUGUGCUUCAAGCCCAUCAGGCCAAGAAAGACGCCACACAAAAAGUGGUAGUUAAUACCGUGACUCCUGCUGCAACAUCCUGACAAGUAAAGGUGAAAACCUGAAGAGAGUUCAACCUGUCUGGUUUCGUCUGGUGGCAUCCAAUAUCAAUCAAAAACAAAAUAGAAAAAAAAGAGAAAAAUAGAAAAAGAUACUUUAACAUAAAUAUAUUCUUUUAUUGCAGGGUUUAUGUUUUUAACUCUGAAAUGGUUUUUAUCAACAAUACCUAAGUUAAUUUUAAAGGAGGCUAUUCUGUGAGAGAAGCGCUUCUAUGUUGUGGCAAGGACUGACUUUUUCUAUGAGGAAAUUGAAACUUCUUCUAUGUUCUUCUGUGAGCUGCGUGUUUGCUGCUUUGAUUGGACCUCACUUGUCCCAUGACAGUAACCUGAGUGGUGUGGCACUCUGAAUAAAAGGAUAUUUAAAUUAAA